AUGGCGCAUUCCGCAAGAUCUAAGUCCAAGCUCAGGGCAAAGAAGGAGAAGGUCUCCAAGAGAGGAUCCGACUACGCAAAGAUCAACGAGGAACGCAAAGAAAGACUCGCACAGAAGCUGCAGGAGAACUUACAGAAACAGAAGCCCGAUGGCACGGAAGCACCAGCGAUGGAGGUCGACAAGAAGGUGAGCACGUCGGGGUGGAGGAGCUCGAGAAACAACCUGUACAAGAAAAAUCACACCAGAAAAAAGAACAAGUCCAUCAAGUUUUGA